AUGUCGGAAGCUGGUGGUAGCGAUGAUAGGGAAGGUUCUAAUAGCGUUAAUGGGAGUAACGGCUCAGACGAGUUAUACCAAUGUCCAGUAUGUAAUGAGGAUAUUAAAGGGUUAGCUUCCCUAAAUAUGCACUUGGAUGUUGCGCACGGUUUCAACGAUGAACAAUCAAAUUCUAAGGCUAAUAAUGCUCCCAAGAGGGUUAAGCAGGCCAGAUAUGGCUCCUCGAAGAAUGUUGAUAGACCAGAUGGUAAAGUAAGGCCCCUUAUAAACCAAUCACAUUGGCAGCCAAUUCAGCCGUGGAAGUCCACUUGUUUUGCUUGUAAGAAAGUCCUCAAUGCUAAUAAUGGAAUGAUGAACUGUGCGAAAUGUGGAGAGGUGUUUUGCAAACGUGAUUGCGGUUUUUUGGUGAUGUUGAAUAAAAAUGCUACCUAUGACCCGAUAAAUGGAGAAUGGUUUGCAUGCUGUAGAGAGUGCAUGGAGGAUAGAAAGGGCUAUAAUGACUACGGGCAGGCUACCGAUUUGUCAAGAACAUAUGUAGAGAUGCGUAAUGCGAAGAAUGAGGAUACAGAGCUUCGUGUUUUGCAACUAGAGGCCCGCCUUAUACGACUAGUUGAUGGGAUAGUAGACAUUAACAAGAAACACGAAGAUUCAACCUUCUCCUCUAUAAGAGUAAACCGGGAGCUUUCAACCUUUGAAAGAGCAGUUACUCCAUGGCGUACAGAUGAAACAUCUUCCAAGUGCUCCAUGUGUGAGCGGUACUUCAACCUGCUGCUGCGAAAACAUCAUUGCAGACUGUGUGGAAGGCUUGUUUGUGACAAUGCCUUCACCAAUUGCUCUAACGAUAUACCUAUCCAUAAGAUUGCGAAUUCAGCGUUGCAUUUACCUAUCAAGGACCUCGAAAGUGCAAAGAAAGUCAACACCACGCUGAAGGUAUGCACUGACUGUAUAAGGUACGUUUUUGCGAAAAGAUCAUUCCAAAAUGACAAGGUGUCUAAGGAACUACCGCCUUUACUUUCAAAGUUCAACGAACUGGACACAAUAUCAAGGAUAAUAACAAGGAUACUUCCCCGGUUUAAGCAAUUGUUGACAACCGUGAAUAUCAAAAAUCAAAAUCCAGAGAAAAACGAUAUAGAAGAACUCACAAAACUCAGAAGAAGACUAUUAGAGACUUUUAUGGUAUAUGAGAAGCUUGCAAAGCAACUCUUCCAUACAAAACCAACCAAUGCGGCAGAACAGAAGAUCCAUGCUUCCAUACAAGCCAAGGCAACCAUCUUUAUUCAAGAGAAUAUGUUACCUUUGAAGAAUGUUCCACAGGUAUUAGCUCCCCCUCCUCCUUACGUAGAAUCGGAGGAUAAAAAGGGUCAAUUACUCUUCAACAACCUAACUAUUCCGGAGGUCAAGAGCUAUAGGGAACAACUUAUGGUUCUAAAGGAACAGAAAUUCAUAGUGGAGGGUUUAGUUCUUGCUGCUACAAAACAGAGAAAAUUUGAUGAAAUAAUCACCCUUAAGCAGAAUAUAGCAGAGCUCGAAACACAGAUAAAUGAUAUAGAGAACAAACUGGGAGAUGAAGGGUUUAAUUGA